AUGGUUCGCCCUCGUGGUAGAUCCCAUCUGGGCGUGGACAUCCGCGGUGACACCAGUGCGCCCGCCAUGUCCACCAUGAACGAAAUGAGUCCAAUCGAGCCCGCAUCUCCCGACAUGGCCAAGUUCGAGAGCCAGGUCUCUGAAAAGUCCCCCGCCAAACCCCAUACAAAGCGUCGUCGCAACCGCUCGCUGCUGCAUCGUUUCGCCGACACUUGCCUCAAGUACACCUGGCUACUCCCGCUGAUCGUUCUGGGCUUCUUGCUCUCCCUCUACGCGAUCAAUCCUACUCCGUCAAAUCCCAUGCACAGCGCAAUCUUCCUUUCCUACCCACAAUCACCCAAGACCCCCGGCGGCCCGAUCAUGUAUGGAAAGGGCAAGAAGGAUAUUGCCUUUGUGGCAUUCUACACGGUUGUUCUCUCGUUCACACGCGAGUUUAUCAUGCAGCAGAUGAUUCGCCCACUCGCUAUUUUCUGUGGCAUCCGUGGAAGGGGCAAGACUGCCCGGUUUAUGGAGCAGGUCUACACAGCGAUCUACUUUGGCAUCUUUGGUCCGUUUGGCCUGUACGUCAUGAAGCGCUCGGAUAUUUGGUACUUCAACACCACCGCUAUGUUUGAGAACUUCCCCCACCGCGAGCACGAGGGACUGUUCAAGGCAUACUACCUUCUGGAAGCAAGCUACUGGGCGCAACAGGCCAUUGUGCUCAUGCUGCAGCUUGAGAAGCCUCGCAAGGAUUUCAAAGAGCUGGUCGGACACCACAUUAUCACCUUGGCGCUUAUUGCAUUGAGCUAUCGGUUCCAUUUCACCUACAUUGGUUUGGCGGUGUACAUCACCCACGAUGUCUCGGACUUUUUCCUGGCGACCUCAAAAACAUUGAACUACCUUGAUGCUUAUAUCACGAUUCCUUACUUUGCCGUUUUUGUUGGCAUGUGGGUCUACCUUCGCCACGUGUUGAACUUGAAGAUUCUUUGGGCUGUUUUGACCGAGUUCCGUACCGUUGGUCCUUUCGAGCUCAACUGGGAGACUCAACAGUACAAGUGCUGGAUCAGUCAGUACAUCACAUUCGGCCUGCUCGCUAGUCUUCAAGCCGUGAAUCUGUUCUGGUUGUUCUUGAUCUUGCGCAUCUUGGCGAACUACAUUUUCAACAGCGUCACAAAAGAUGAGCGUAGCGAUGAUGAGACUGAGGAAGAAAUCGAGGUCGAGGUUGAGACCAAGGCUACCCUCGCUACUGGUGCUGAAUCCGCCAAGCAGGAGAACCAGGCUCCGCAGCUCUUCCUCAAUGGCGAACCUGCCCCCGAACAGCGUGGUCCCCGAACUCGCAGCAGAAAAGCGUGA